CCCUAUUUUGCAAAGCGGUACUUCUUUUUACCGUUACGCGGGCGCGUGGCGGCCGGAGCGCUGUCGAGAGAGUGCCGCGAGGACCGAGCCACCCCUCCUCUCGCGAUUUUCCUGCCGGUGGAGGAAGGAGUCGGGAGCGGGAGUGAUUUGGUGUCGGAGGCACAUGGAGGGGAUCCCGCACCUUGGUGGGGAUGCGUCGCGCCGUGCGUGAUGGACGCUCAGCGGGGCAAAUUGAACUGUGAAGAGGAAUCUGAGAUGAACUUUGCUUAUUCAACGGUGGGUGCCACGGGCACCCACUUUGUUACUACCAGCGGUCAACUGCCUGUGACCAAGAUACAGCAAAAUGUUUCAAAUAAUGGAAAUACAUUGCAACAGGUGGUAGGCAUGGUGGGUGGUCUAGGCGAGGGCGUGCAGUACGUUCGGACGUUGGACGGCCAGCUGCAGGCGGCGCCGCACCUCAUCUCUGUGCCCAUCGCGCUGCCUGGCGCCAAGCCAGGCGAUCCUCAACCAACGGUGCAGAUUCAGGUGCUCAGUCCGAACCUGACGCUGCAGCCGCAGCAGCAGCCGAAGUACCAGAUGCAAAUACCUAUACAGGGAUUCCAGCAAGGUGCUGUCCUCACUGUGGCGUAUUCUCCAGAGGCAAAUGAAGCCGGCGGUCUCCAACUUAUUGGACAAAAUGCUCUGCCUGAAGGCCUGCAGGUGCUGACGGCGGUGCCGCAGGACAUGCAGCUGCUGCAGGCGCAGCAGGCUCAGCCGCAGGACAGCAAGGACCAGAUACCGCAGCACCAGGUGUUCAUAAUGCCGAACCAGCAAAUCAUAAUCAACGGGCCGGACGACAACAAGGCGCUCAACAACAACACGAGUAACAAUAACAACAACGCCUUCGCCAACAUCGUCAUCAAGGAGGAGUGCGACGACAUGAAUGAUGACGAGAGUUCACAAGGCACAGAGACGAGCGACAGCUCCACGUGGCAGAUGACGAGCAGCAGCCAGCAGGACCUCAUCAAGUAUCUCAACACGCUGCCGCCACAGCAAACCCAAGCGCUGCCAGAAACCCUUCAGCAGUUCUUACGACUGAAUCCGGGCGAGGUCAAGAAGAUCGAGGACGUGGAAGUGGAGAUCGAGGUCGAGCCCGCGGACGAGCAGCGCGACGACAUCACCGAGGCCGUGCUGGGCGAAGACGGCACCAUCCGUAUCACCAGCAAAAAGAAGAAGAAAUACAAGAAGAAACCUCCUCGGCCCGCUCGUCCUAAGCCGGGGCAGGUGGUGAUCGCGACCGGCGCCGACGGCUCGCCCGUGUUCUGCUGUCCCGAGUGCCCCGCCCGCUACCAGGAGAAGGCCGAGCUGGAAAUGCACCUUAUCGUGCACAAAAUAGAGCGGAGAUUCAUCUGCGGCAUUUGCGGGGCUGGUCUAAAGCGCAAAGAGCAUCUGGAGCGGCACAAGCUGGGCCACAACCCCGAGCGGCCCUACGUGUGCGGCGUGUGCCGCAAGGGCUUCAAGCGCCGCGAGCACCUCAACCUUCACACCGUCAUCCACUCCGGCGUCAAGAGCGAGAUGUGCGGCGAGUGCGGCAAGGGUUUCUACCGCAAGGACCACUUACGCAAGCAUACUCGCUCGCACGAGAGCAAGCGGUUGCGCGACGAGCAGAACACGCCCGCGCAGCCGCCGCCGCCGCCGCCUGCCAUCACCACCACGCGCUCCGAUGCUGUGCUGCCCGAGAUCACCAUACAUGUCCCGACAAGUUCGAACAUGCAAGUGCCCGUUCAGAUCAACAUCCCGCAGCACGUGAUGUCCACGAUAGCGGCUCAGGCUUCGCAGGACACGCAGGCGCAACUCGACGCCCUCCUCGCCGACCACUCGUGACGCCCCUAGCGCGCCCCGCCGGGCCCCGCGGGCCCCACGGGCCCCGGGGGCCCCGGCGACGAACUGGACGAGACACUCGCGAUCAUACUUAACAAUUGGGAGGACUGUCCGGACACUGAAAGUAACAAGUGAAGGACUCGCUCGAAAACGAUUUGGGGUAUGCAUUUCAAAUCUAUAACGUUGAUUGGAAACGCUCGCCAUCAUACUUAACACGUGGGAGGACUGUCCGGAGACCGAAACUAGCGAGUGAAGGACUCGCUCGAAAAACAUUUGGGGUAUGCUAAGUCUAUAACGUUGAUUGGAUCAGUCGAAGAUUCCGUAUCACCAAAGAAAUCCAUGGCGUUAAUCAAAUCAAUGAUUAUAAGCAAUCAAGAUUUUGUUGACUCUGCCCGCACCACCACAAAAUUUCUUGGCGAUUUGGACUCCCAUAAGGCGAAACAGGGUAUUGGCAAACAUGUGGUACCUUCAUUAGCGACGAAGACAAGUCGAUAAGUGUUAAGAAUAUUCCGAGACCAUGACGGAAGGAUCGACCCUCGAAUUUGUGUGGAAUUGUUUUUUUACAAGUGUUUGAAGGAGACAGUAUUGAAGCAUAAGUGAUGUUGGACUGUAGAGAGAGAAGACAAUAGAUCUAAGGUAAUAUUACACUUAGCUUUUAAACACAUGAUUCGCUUUAUGUACAGUAAAAUAAGUUAUCGAAGACUUGUUUCGUCGUAUUUGUAAGUAAACAUUUUUCACAAAAUUACUCGAAUUGAUUUGAGAUUAAGAAUAAGAUAGCUGCACUUGUUUACAAUUUUGAUAAAUCCUUGAAAUUUAUUUAAUAAACAUGUAAAUACACCGGCGUAUGAACAGGGUACGACAAUCUUGUGGCUAUUUUGACAUAGUAUGUAAUUGUGGAUAACUCGUGGUACCUUAUUCAAUUCUAUGAGUUUUUACUGGCUCAUUUUUUAUAUUGGAUAAUACAAAUCAAAAUGUGUAUUCCGCAAACUGACAACAAUCUACAUACAUUUAUUUUAUUUACUUUUUACAUAUUUUUUAUUUACAACAUUUUAUUGAUCAAGGCAUGUUGAAAAAUCAAACUAAUCUGAUCUCCUUUUUUGACUGUUCUUUUUUGGCUUUGUGUUUUUUUUAUUAUUUAUACAGGGUGUUAGGUAAAUG